UCUCUCACGGUCAGUCAGUCGAUCGGCGGAAGCGUGCUGGAAUGGUCGUGUGGUCGUUGCAGAAAAGAUUCGUUCUACCCAAGUUCGGUACGUUCUGUAUGGAAGUGUGAGAAGUGUUUCCUGCUUUGCUGCUGCUCCGAAGUCAGUGUGCGUGCGUGACAAACCAAGGAAGGACAGUGUGUGUGAAUGUGAAGAAGGGGGAAGGGAAACUGGAGAACUGGACAUGCAAGACGACCAGCCGUCGAUGCUGCGGAUGAAGAACGGCAAAGAAUCGCAAAGACUGAAGAACUUGUGGUUGUUUCCGCGGUGUGCUGCUGUUGAACUUGCUGCCGCGAACGGUUCGUGACUUGCUCAAGCUGCUCGAAGGGAGAACGACGAGAACGAACGAGGAAGAUGAUUCGACGUGAUCAGCCAACGCAGUCUUCGGCAUCGUCCACUACCUUGGCGGACGAUGGAACAACGGGGACGGCGAUACGUGAUUUUCGUAGCAAAAGCAUAGACGGGGGAACGGCACGACGUGACAGUAAGGACAGGAGCAACCGUAACAGUGCGCUGCAAUCUCCGUCCAACAUGGUCUACAUGCCGGUCGGAGUCAAUCAAAUCAAGGAGGAAGCCAACGAUCCGGAUAUUCACCCCGACUCGGAAGUUUCCCUCGACGCCAACAGCACCCUUGCCCAGGUCCUGGAGGACUUUUCCAACGACGAAGCGCCACACGAACCGGAAAUCGAAAUCAAAACCCACCCGCGAGCCCUGGAGGAGCCAACCUUCCGGAAGCAUCACUUCAGUGCAUCACAGAAAGCUCUUCAGCUGCAACAGAUGGGCAAUCUGGCCUACCAACUGUCCGAUCAGCUGUUCAAACCAGCGCCCCUGAAUAUCCUCACCAAGGAUAUGCUGGAGCAGAAAAUCACCGAAAAGGAUCCGGAUCUGGUCUACAGGAAGCAUCACAACAACAACAGCACCUGGGCGCGAUACAUGCCCAUGUACUACAAAGGAGUUAAACAGAACUACGUCCGGUGCCUGGAGUGCGGCUGGUUAGUUCUGCACAAAGCCAGCACCGGAACCGGAUCGCUGCUCAGGCACAAGUGCAAAAUCAAACUCCCAUCCGGCGUCGAGGUCAAGAUCGAACAACAGACACCGUCCACUAGGAAUCUCCCGUCGAAGGCAACCGCCGCCGUUGGAUCUACCUCAUCGCAUGCCGUCAAGUUCCAGACGACCGUCAUGCCCCAGAACGUGGUGGACGAUUUGGUACGACAGCAGGCCUGUUUCCUGUACAAAGAUCUCAGCAGCGUGGAUCUCUUCGACAGCCACAGCUUUCGAACGUUUGCUCAAAUGCUGGUCAAUAUUGGCGUUUACUACGGCCAGCAGGACAUAGCCUUCCUGGCCGAUCGCACGAGACUAAUGGACCAGGUCCUACCCACAAUCUACCAGCAGGCACGAAUCCAGCUGAACCAAGCUCUCGUGGACUGUGAUCUCAGCUACAGCUUCAACCUAUUCCGGAACGAAGCCGAAGGUAAAACCUUCGCCACGAUCAAUUCCUACACCGUCGCGGAAGACUAUUACUUCCGCAAAAUCAACGUAAAGACUGUGCCUGUGGAAGACUUGGAGUCCUUCGUCGAAGGACUUCCCUCGAUCAUCAUCGAUAUGAUAGAAAAAGAACACAACGAACCUCUGAAGCUGGUCUACGGUACCAAGCUGGACGUCCGAAACGACGAUUUUGAACUAAUACCUUGCGUGGUGACUGCCCUUUGGGGAGUCAUGAAGAAGAUUAUGGACAUGUUCAAGUUUGACAGCGAGCAGUACGUGGAUAAAAUUUUCCUCUCGGAUGACGACGACGAGGAAGAUGCGAUGAAGAAAAUUUUAGCCCCAUUCAAGGAACCGAUCCGUAGUCUCGUGUCGGAAGGCAACGUGACAAUCACCGAGGUGGUGCUAUGGAAGAAGAAGCUGGAGCGACACUUCCGGGUGGAGGAAACUGACGACGAGAACAUGAAGACCAUUAAAGAAGCAUUCCAGAUGCAGAUCAAGCAAAGCUUGAAGCUGCACGACUACCACAAAAUAGCGGUCUUCCUGGAUCCCAAGUUCAAGGGUCUGCGAUUCCUCUCGGAAGAGGAACGCAGUGAAACCCUGGCGAUCGUUAAAGCGCAACUGCGACGCGAUCAGGAUGGAAUAGAGCAGCUGAAGAAGCUCUACUCCAGCGGAAAGAAGAACAACGUCGAAAUCGGGAAGGAGACCAAAUUCUACGAAUUUAUGGACGUCUCGUUGGAGGUGGAAUCGGCCGACGUGGUGGACGACGAAAUCCGACAGUACGUGGACGUCAAACUGGAGGCACCGAUCGAUGUGCUGUCCUACUGGCGCAACGAAAAUGCAUUCCCCCUGCUGAAGAAACUCUGCCAGCGGGUUCUGAACAUUCCGGCGGCCUGUGAUGAUAUGAAGCUGCGCUUCACCGGCGGGCAGCGCGAUUUCCUCAAGAAGCGAGCCGUGCUGCGGGAGGAGGAAAUCGACAUGAUGCUCUACCUAAACCAGAACGGGCCGUGAUUAUCAUUGUAUUCUCUGAUUGCAUUAAAAGACUUGAUUAGCGUUAUUUAUAUGAAGAUUA